AUGGGAAUCCGAUCGGUGUUUGAUGGCGGCGAGCUGAGAAGGGAAUUUGAGAAAAGCGGAAUUGAGGGAAAAUUCGUUCCAAUAAUUUGGAAGCAUCUGAUUGCGAGUAUUGCGAAGCAACAAAUGCAAGAUUCGGAUUGGGAUUGGGAGAAAAAAGUUCCGUCAUUGCCAUCUUCAGCAUACUCUGUGCUUCGUUCCAACUUGGGAGAAACAACCCCUCUCUCUUCUUCUCUUCACUCCGUUUUCCACUCUGCCGACAACCUCACCUCCAAACUCCUCAUCAAGCUCCACAAUGGAGCAUUCGUGGAGGCCGUGAUAAUGAGGUAUGAUACUCGUUUGGGCAAAUAUGCUGGCAAACCCCGUCCCGGUGGGCUACGAGCAACUUUGUGUAUUUCAUCUCAGGUAGGAUGCAAAAUGGGUUGCAAAUUCUGUGCCACUGGAUCCAUGGGAUUCAAAAAUAACCUAUCCUCUGGAGAAAUUGUGGAACAGCUCGUCCAUGCUUCUGCUUUCUCACAAAUCCGUAAUGUUGUCUUCAUGGGAAUGGGAGAGCCUCUCAACAACUAUUCUGCUGUGGUAGAAGCGGUUCGCAUCAUGACUGGAUUGCCAUUUCAGUUGUCCUUGAAAAGGAUUACCAUAUCGACGGUUGGCAUCAUUCAUGCUAUCAACAAGCUUCAUAAUGACCUGCCUGGUUUGAACUUGGCAGUCUCACUGCAUGCACCAGCCCAAGACAUCCGUUGCCAUAUAAUGCCUGCUGCUCGUGCUUUCCCUUUGGAAAAACUUAUGAAUUCACUGCAAGAAUAUCAAAGAAAAAGUCUGCAGAAAAUAAUGAUUGAAUACAUAAUGCUUGAUAGAGUGAAUGAUGAAGAGCAGCAUGCCCACCAAUUGGGAAAACUGUUAGAGACAUUUCAAGUGGUGGUGAACUUAAUACCUUUCAACUCUAUUGGUAUCUUGAGUCAAUUCAAACCUACCAGUGAACAGAAAGUCUCAAAAUUUCAGAAAAUUCUCAGAGGUACCUAUAAUAUUCGAACAACAGUUCGGAAGCAGAUGGGUGAAGACAUAAGUGGUGCUUGUGGACAAUUGGUGGUUAACAUACCUGACAAGUCUCAUGCCAAUACAGAACCCCUAACAGACAUAGAAGAUCUUGUUAUUUGA